AUGAAUCUUUCAUAUCCUAUCUCUUCAUUCGAAAUAAAACCGUUAACAACAUUCGAAAAUUUACACCAACUACAACAAUUGUCUACAUCGAAUAAUAUAAUAUCGGAUCGAAAUAAGACAGUAUCGUCAGGUUAUGAGCCUUAUCGUUUUGAUAAUCAAUGUCAAAUAAUAUCACAGCAGCAUGUUAAUCUUGUUGAUCAUUUUUCUCCGCCUGCUUGUUCCAAUGAAAAGUCAAACAAUACGGUGAUAACAACAGCAUUAGAUUUUAAUCCAAAAAGCAAUGCAUUACUACCACAACGUGAUACCUUGAAUCAAUGUUCAAAGAGUGCCGUACAACCACCACUAAAAAAAAUAUCAUCGUCCUAUCAUAAUAUUGAUAAUCAGGAUAAUAUACCAUAUCGUCCAUCACCACAAUUUGCUUCGUUAACAUUGUCGUCAGUCGGACAAAAACAUCAACAACAUCUACCAUUACCCAUUCAAUUUCAAAAUGGUACACAAUCAUUGCGUCACCCAGUAUCUACUCAUGCCCAUCAUCGGUCAAUACAAUCUAUUUAUUACAAUAAUAAUAGAAAUCAGCACAAUGUGAAAUCUGCCUAUCCAUCGACAUUCACUGUUCAACCAAUUCAUUAUACAUCUUAUAGUCAUAAUAUCGAUCAACAACAACAGCAAACACCUAAAUGUACGUUCAUCAUGCUACCUCCUCAUUAUUUACGUUCUACAGCAUUGCACGAAAAUCCGGCUAAUGUUUAA